AUGGGAACGCCUGCCUCAAGAGACGACUACACAAAGAGCAAGACUUUUCGCUCCACCAUGUUUACAAGCAAAGGCUUUGAAUAUUUCGGCAAAGUAUUUGAAAAAAUUGACCUUAUCAACAUGCCCGAUUUGAAGCGAAAGAAAGAGAGUCCUUGUACACCUGUAAUAAAGUCCAAGGCUUCCCCAGGUUCCUAUACCGCAACCCCUCCUUCAUCUAGACCUAACUAUGAGCGUGAAACCAUUUCAUCGGCCUCUAAGAAGGUUGUUCCAAAAGGAGGUUCUUCGGAAAAACGUCCAAAGAAGAGAGUUGCUCGUCAAAGAAAGAAAAUACCUCUGGUUCAACUUGAGCUUAGAGGGUCCCGUAAUCAAUCAAUAUUUGGACGACGAAGGAGAGAAGAUCUCAAUGUUUGA